AUGAAAUCCGACUUAAACGAUCCCGAUUUUGAAAUCGGAUUUUGUGGGGAUCCUUUUUGGGACAAUUUUCAACCACUCUAUAAUCGAACGUCUGGGUUGCCGAUUUUAACGGAAUGCUUUCAACAUACAGUUCUCAUCGCCAUCCCGUGUUUCUUCUUCUGGUUAUUGUUACCAAUUUUAUUCACACAGUUGAAACUCUCGCGUCAAGAGCCCCUACCAUGGACAACGAUACAAAGCAUGAAAUGGCUUGUGCUAACACUUCUAAUCAUUGAUCGAGCUUUUGUACUCGUUUUAAGCAUUUUCAACAAAUUUUGGUUGAAGAAUCCGGUGCCCACCGUGAAUCUCGUGUAUCCGAUCGUGCAAACAGCAACAUUUGCAAUGCUGUCAUUCAUGAAGAACGAAUGCCGUCGAAGGGGUAUCCGCUCAUCGGGAGUCCUCUUUUGUACAUGGCUUCUUUUCGCUUUCUUUGGAGCACCUGAAUUCUACACGUGGAUCGUAAUCGGGAGUAGUAAAGAGUUGGUUGCUGAAACAGAUUUCUUCAAAUAUCUCUCCUAUUUGGUUUACUAUCCUCUUGUGCUAAUUCAGUUGUUUUUAAUGUGCUUUGCCGAUCCGUUGACUUUGUUUAAAGAUGAUCAGAACAAGAAAGAUCCGUAUGCAACGGCGUCAUUCCUGAAUCGUCAAUUCUUUUGGUGGUUCAGUCCAAUGGUCAGCCUUGGUUUUAAGAGGCCAUUAAUGAUCGAUGAUGUUUAUGAUGUUGAUGAAGAAUUGAAACCGGAUUAUCUACAAAAGAUUUGGAAAGAGGAAUGGGAUGUGGAGAUGAAAAGAUUUCGUCAAGAAAUGGCUACUUACGUCUCCCAUGAAAAACUUGAUGCUGAUAUUGAGGAGAGGAAUAAAACCGAUGAGAAAACUUUAUUGUUACAAUCGACAUCAAAGAGUUAUGGAGGGACAAGGAAUGGAGAAAUGAAAGAGAUUAAAGAAAAGGCUAAAAAAGAUCCAAACUCUCCUAAACAACCAUCAAUCGUUUGGUGUCUUUGGCGUUUAUUCAAAUGGGAACUAAUCGCAGCCACUGCAUUGAAAUUGAUUUCUGAUUUGAUGCAAUUCUUGAAUCCUCUCUUAUUAAAUCUUUUAAUAACAUUCACUGAAGAUCAAUCAGCUCCAUGGUAUGAAGGUUUAGUCUACGCGUUUGGUCUUGGGCUAAGCAAUUUGGUUCGAUCACAGCUGAUGAAUCAAUAUUUCACAGAAAUGUUCCGAGUUGGUCAACAAUUCCAAGCUGUUCUCACUACUGCUGUUUAUGAAAAGACACUCUGUCUUUCAAAUACAGCUAGACGCGAGAAAACAGUUGGUGAAAUUGUGAACUUGAUGGCGAUUGAUGUGGAGCGUUUUAAAAGUAUUGCUCCACAACUGCAACAAUAUUGGAGCAGUCCGAUGACAAUCAUUCUCUGUUUACUCUUUUUGACUCAAACUGUUGGAUGGGCUGCAUUGAUGGGUGUGAUCAUUAUGGCUCUUGUCAUACCCGUUAAUUUCUGGGUUUCAUUUAAAUGUCGAGAAUGGCAAGUGGAACAGUUACGAUUGAAAGAUCAACGAAUCAAGAUGACAAAUGAAGUGUUGAAUGGGAUAAAAGUUGUAAAGCUUUAUGCCUGGGAGCCAGCGAUGGAAAAAGCGAUUGACAAGAUUCGGGAAAAGGAAAUGAAAUUGGUUCAAAGAGCAUCAACCCUUCAAAACACUUGUGAUAUCUUUAACGUUUCACAACCAUUUUUUGUAGCUGCUGCAACCUUUGCUACCUAUACUCUCACUGAUCCAUCUCAUAUUUUGACUCCGCAGAUAGCUUUCGUCUCUUUAACCCUCUUCAAUUCGUUGAGAGGUCCCCUUAUGAUGGCUGCGGAUCUAAUCUCGCAAACUGUUCAAGCAAUCGUUUCCAAUAAACGAUUAAAAGAUUUCUUGAUUGCUGAAGAAUUAAAUGAGACAUCGGUGGAUCGACAAUUGAAUUCAGAAUUCUACGAGAAAUCGCUUCAAGCGCAACAAAUCACUUGGACAUGGGAUCGAAGUCUUCAGCCAGCACUGCGGGAUAUUGAUAUAGAAGUUCCAAGUGGAAAGCUGAUUGCUGUUGUUGGAACGGUUGGCGCUGGAAAGAGCAGUCUUUUGUCCGGGGUUUUAGGUGAAAUGGAGAAGCUACGGGGUUAUGUCGGUGUCCGUGGAACGGUAGCCUACGUAUCGCAACAGCCAUGGAUUCAGAAUCUCACAUUAAGAGACAACAUUUUGAUGGGCAAAGAUUUCAAUAAAUUGAUCUACGAUAUGGUGGUUGAGGCGUGUGCGUUGAAGCCUGAUUUAGAGCUUCUGCCAGCUGGCGACUCAACGGAAAUCGGGGAAAAGGGAAUCAACCUCUCCGGUGGUCAAAAGGCUCGCGUUGCUUUGGCGAGAGCUGUUUACCAGGAUCGUGACAUUAUUUUAUUGGAUGAUCCAUUGAGUGCUGUUGAUGCGCAUGUCGCUAAGCACAUUUUCGAUCAAGUUAUUGGACCAAAUGGGGUUUUAAAAUCAAAAACUAGAGUCCUUGUCACUCAUGGACUUUCAUUUCUGAAAGAAGCUGAUAUCAUUGCAAUUGUUAAAGAUAAUACAAUUGCUUACGUUGAUACAUAUGCGAAUUUAAUGGAAAAUCCGGAAACAGAGCGUUACUUGCAAGAGGCUGAAAUUGAAAAGAAAGAGGAAGAAGAGAGCGAGAUUGAGGAAAGUUCUGAUGAGGAAAGUCAAGAGAAGAAAGACAGCAGUGAUGCUGAAUCAGAAAUCGAGAAGAAGUCGACUUUUUCAAAGGCAUCAACGAAACUAUCGAAGAAAUCAAGGAGAAGCUCGGCGAAGAGAUCGCAAGCACCGAUUAGAACACUUCCGCAAGAAGCCGAUAGCAAACUCAUUGUGACUGAGAAAGCGGAAACUGGAAGGGUGAAGCCUCAAGUAUAUAUGAAUUAUUUCAAAGCGAUGGGCUUGAUCACGCACAUGUUACCGUUGUUUAUCUUCAUCUUUUUGUGGAUGGGAUUCUCGGCGAGUCGGAGUCUCUGGUUGAGUGCUUGGUCUGACUCAAAUCUGGUACCCGGUCAAGAUCCUCUUUCACUUGGCGCACGUUUAGGAAUCUUUACAGCGCUUGGAUUCUUAGAAAUUUUCUCACUUUUUGUCUCCUUCUAUUGCCUUUUAAUGGGUGGUAUAAAGGCUUCACUCCAACUACACACUCCAUUACUUCACAAUGUCCUCCGCAGUCCACUCUCGUUUUUUGAUGUAACCCCGCUUGGAAGGAUUCUGAAUCGACUGGGAAAGGACAUUGAAGUGAUUGAUCUGCGUCUCCCAGGGACAUUUCGCUUUGUGGUGAUCUCAGCGGUGAAUGUGAUUCAAGUGGUCAUCCUCAUCACCAUCGCUCUUCCCCUUUUCAUGAUUGUCGCUAUUCCCGUUUUUGUCAUUUAUUUUCUAUUGCUGAGAUACAUAAUUACUUGUUCACGUCAAUUGCAACGACUUGCCUCAAUCACAAGAUCUCCGAUCUAUUCUCAUUUCGGUGAAUCAAUUCAAGGAGCGAGCACGAUUCGAGCAUUCGGAUGGACUGACAAUUUCAUUGAAAUGAGCAAGCAAAAGCUUGAGGUUUAUAUCCGAUGCAGCUACUUUACAAUGAUAGCUCAGCGAUGGUUCUCUGUGCGACUCGAGUUGCUCGGAAAUGUCAUCAUUUUGGGGGCAGCACUAUUGGCGAUAGUUGCGAAAAACUGGGGUUUAACGACGGCUGGGAUGAGUGGGCUGGCUGUUUCCUAUAGUUUAAAUGUGACUUUUAUGAUGAGCAUGUUCGUACGAUAUAUUGGCGAUUUGGAGUCAAAUGUGGUUUCGGUGGAGCGCGUGAAAGAGUACACCGAGAAUCAGUCGGAGGCAAAUUGGGAGGGUGAAAAAGAGUUGCCGAGGAUUUGGCCUGAUAAGGGAGACAUACAGUUCAAGAAAGUUCGAGCCCGAUAUCGCCCAGGAUUGGAUUUGGUUUUAAGGGAUUUGUCUGCUCACAUCUCACCGGGUGAAAAAGUGGGCAUCGUUGGUCGAACGGGAGCCGGGAAAAGCUCAAUGGCGUUAGUGCUUUUCCGAAUUGUUGAGCCUUGCGGUGGAGUGAUUCAAUUGGAUGGAAUCGAUAUACAAAGUCUUGGAUUACACGAUCUACGCAAGAAUAUCACCAUUAUCCCACAGGACCCAGUUCUUUUCUCGGGUACUCUGAGAUUCAACUUGGAUCCAACUGAAGAUCACAGUGAUGCCGAAUUGUGGGCAGCUUUGGAACACGCGCAUUUGAAGAACUUUAUUGAGAUGUUACCCUCAAGAUUGGAUCAUCAAAUCGAUGAAGGAGGGGAAAAUAUUAGUGUUGGUCAACGGCAGCUCGUUUGUUUGACAAGGGCAUUGUUGAGGAAAUCGAAAGUUUUGGUUUUGGAUGAGGCGACGGCAGCGGUCGAUGUUCACACUGAUGCAUUGAUUCAGAGUACAAUUCGACGAGAGUUCGCCGCGGCCACAAUUCUCACGAUUGCUCAUCGUUUGAAUACGAUAAUGGAUUAUGAUAAAAUCAUGGUAAUGAAGAGUGGCGAAGUGGCUGAGAUGGGUUCUCCUCAACAACUUCUCCAAAACAAAGAGUCCGUCUUUUACAAUAUGGCGCAGAGUGCGGGACUUGUG